AUGUGGACGGCAUCGUUGUCGUCGAUACUAGAUGGCAAGACCAAUCCUUGGGCGAUACGAUUCGUAUCCACGGGAUUAUCAAUACUAUCAACGUCCUCGCCUGGAAAGCGCAGGACUCGCACGCCGGAGGCUACCAGCGCAAGGGAAAACCCUGCCCUCCAGACUUUGAUUGGCGUACUUGGCGCUAUCUCGGCCAUGGCCAUGCUGUCCCAAAAUUUCGGCAGUGCGGCGGGCAUGGCAGAGAAGCAGCGCCAAGAUCGAACACAAAAAGUAGUCUUGCAGGUCGUCGGAGAGGCAAUUGCACUAGUGAUGAGCCAAGGCGGUGGAAGGGAGUCGAGCUACCCAUUAUUGCUGGCGGCUUUCCUUUCCUCAGACACUAUCGAGACACUCGGCAUCGCCACCAAGACGGCAUUGCAGACAAUAUGGUUCCAAGAGAACCAGGCACGCGAGACUUCUGGCAUGGCCAAACAGCCUCAGCUGCACAGCUCAACCGUUGCUCUUGUUUGUUCCAUUGCUCAUUGUUGCAGCAAAGCAACAUCUCAGCCUUCUAGUCACUACUUUGCCGCGGUCUGCAAGCUGGCUGAAGAGUUGCAGAUCCCCAGACUGAGAGAGUUACGGACCGACGGUGCAUUUCUUUUGGCUCAGGAGACUGACGAUCUACGAGAUCUUAUCUUUGCAGAGACUCUGAUGGGGGGGUCGCCGAGCGAGAAAGGAUUCACGAGACACCACAGGCCGAGAGGGGCCUUAUUCUCAGGCUAUCGAUGGGAAGAAGGCAUCAGCGAGUGGAUUGCUAUGAGUCCCGCGAAGCGCCGGGAAAUCAUCGCCAACAAUGACACGGUUCUCCGUCGGUCCAGCAGGAGUGGCCGUGGAAAGAAGAAUGCUUCCGUAGUCUACUCCGGACCAGAACUAUCUGCGGAGGCGGCGGGAGCUGCCGACGAAAGCGGACCGCAGAUGUCGAUGAACGAACCGGACGGGUCGAGCGGGCACCAUGUGGAUCGGCGACGAGCCGGGAAGAGAAAGGCGGUGCAUGACGGACCUCGUGUUCAUAACAGCAGGCUCGAAAAGGACAAGGCCCAGAACCAGCUAGGGAACGGAGUCGACGAGCUCAGUGCGACGUUCCAGGAGAAUCACCUGGGAAAGUCUCGAUUGGGCAGUACUGCCGUCAAGACUUGGGGAGGAAGCCAACGUCGGACCCGGACCGGUAAGACGGGGCGGCGCAAGGCUCUGGCGGACUUGACCAUCUUGACCAACGUGACUGGCCUUGACGACGACGAGCUAGGAUUGUAA